AUGUACACGGAGGAGGAAGCACAGGUGGCCCGGCACAUCGAGCUGAAUGAUGGUGCUCGGAUGCCACUUCUGGGUCUGGGGACAUGGAAGGCCUCUCAGCUGCCAAAGGCCUCGAUGCAGGGCGCGGUGGAGGCCGCCAUCGCGGCCGGAUACCGCCACAUAGACACGGCCUACAGCUACCAGAAUGAGGUGGACAUCGGCAAGGCUCUGCGCUCCAAGAUGCAGCAGGGCAUCAUCCGGCGGGAAGACAUGUUCAUUGUCAGCAAGCUCUGCGAGACCCACCAUGCCCCAGAAGACAUCCCAGCGUGCCUUGAUGUUUCCUUGAAAGAUCUCCAACUGGACUACCUGGACCUUUACCUUGUGCAUUUCCCCGUUGGGCUUAAGAAAAUGGGCGAUGAGCUUUUCCCAAAAAAGGAUGGAAAGGUCCUGACCUCUGACAUAGACUACGUGGACGUGUGGAGGGGAAUGGAGGCCCUGCAGGCCUCUGGGAAGGUGAAGAGCAUCGGCGUGUCCAACUUCAGCAUCCUGCAGCUGGAACGACUUCUGGCUCUGUGCAGGGUACCCCCCGCCGUUAACCAGGUGGAGUUACACCCCUACAUGGUCCAGGCAGAUAUGAUUGAGUUUUGUAAAUCGAAGAACAUCGCCCUGACAGCCUUCAGCCCCUUCGGUUCCCCCGGAAGACCUCAAGACCUGAUCUAUUCGGAGGCUGAUCCACAUAAGAUCCUGGAGGACCCUGUGGUGGCUGACAUAGGCAAGAAGCACAAGCGGAGCCCUGCGCAGGUUUUACUCAGGUACCAUGUGCAGCAGGGGAUUCCAGUCAUCCCCAAGAGUGAUAAGCCUCAUCACAUCCUUGAGAACACAAAGAUCUUUGACUUCAGACUAGCUGAGGAGGACAUGAAGGCCCUGCGAGGUCUGGACCGAGGCUGGAGGUGCUGCGUACUGGAGGAGGUCAAAUCUCACCCUUAUUAUCCUUUU